AUGAAGGCCAUGCAACGCUUUGUCAUGCUGAACAUUCCGCCGCCCAUGCCCCGCAGCUAUGCGUGGCGGAAUGCGACUUUGGCGGCCAACCCGACGGCUCGAAACCUCGGCAAGGAGUGGCUCACGCAGCAAAUGUACCACAACAUGCACGAGCAGUUAGCGUUGCUUCCAGCCCUGAGCUGUGACGACGAUUUUUUCGAUACCGACGUGCAAACAUCGAACGAUGGUGACCCGUUCACGCGCACUGAAAGGGCGCAGUUCACGUGGCCAGGCACGGUGCAAAUGUUCCGACACAUGAUCGAGAGCACCAUGCAGGCGGUGGUGGAAGAGACAGCCAACACGCGCCUGUUUCACACGACCACAUCCAACGGCAUAUUCGUAAACUCGCUCCAAGGCCACUUCUCCGAAGCCAACCGGUUCGUCAUGGUCAUUCGGGAAGUCGAAGAGGACGAAGCUUAUGUGUGUGAUCUGCAGCACAAACAGCAACACUACAUGUCGUGGACCGAGGUGCGGCAGGUAUCUCCAACGCACAUCUUGCUGCGCAUUGUCAACCACGCGUCGCACCUAUUUCGGGCCAACGACGGGUUUGUGAGUGUGGACGAGCUUGCGGCGUUGAGGGGCAUCGAUGUGACGGGUGUCGACGACGGCCUCAAGGACGCGUACGUGCGACGCGAACUGAUCCGACGGGGGCGUGCGGAUUUCGUGCGAUGGCGGAAACAUAUAAUGGACACGAUGCACCAGUGCGCGACAAACUAA